GCAGAUUUUAGUUAAGAAUUCCCCUUUGCUAUUACAAAUACUGAAUGAAAUGAUCUAAAGGCAAAAGCUUUACCCAACAUUUGGAGUUAGCUUUUUUGAUCAUUUGGUUUCUAGGUUUAAUAUUAGUUACAUAGUGGCUUUAGUGAACUUAAAAAAAAAAAAAAAACUUUCCUCUUCUACCCACACAGUCUUAUUUGAGUCCCUUAGUCAGUCAGCAAGCAUGUUUGGAACAGUCCCUGGUGCUUUGCAAGGGUUCAGAUUGCAGAACAGUCACAUAUGGCAUUUGUAGUUAUAAAUACUUGACCAUUCUCCAGGGGUGGGGUUUCCAACUCUUUAAACAACCCUGUUGCCUGUUAUCAAGCUGACUUUUUGCUCUAAGUGCCAGAAUUGAUUGUGGUUAGGACAUCUUUCACUGAGAAAUAAAUAAAAUGGAACAUAAUGGAUCUGCCUCAAAUGCUGAUAAAAUCCACCAGAAUCGCCUAUCAAGUGUUACAGAAGAUGAAGACCAAGACGCUGCUCUUACAAUUGUGACUGUGCUGGACAAAGUGGCCUCCAUUGUGGACAGUGUGCAGGCAAGCCAGAAGAGAAUAGAAGAGAGACACAGGGAAAUGGAAAAUGCCAUAAAAUCCGUCCAGAUUGACCUGUUGAAGCUUUCACAGUCACAUGGCAAUACAGGCCAUAUCAUUAACAAGUUGUUUGAGAAAACCCGAAAAGUCAGUGCUCACAUUAAAGAUGUGAAAGCUCGGGUGGAGAAGCAACAAAUUCAUGUUAAAAAAGUUGAAGUCACGCAAGAGGAAAUAAUGAAGAAAAACAAAUUCCGGGUGGUAAUAUUCCAGGAGAAGUUUCGGUGUCCGACAUCUCUGUCUGUUGUUAAAGAAAGAAACCUCACUGAAAAUCAGGAAGAGGAUGUUGAUGAUAUCUUUGAUCCCCCAGUAGACCUGUCCUCGGAUGAAGAAUAUUAUGUUGAAGAAAGCAGAUCUGCCAGGCUUAGGAAGUCAGGCAAGGAGCACAUUGAUAAUAUCAGGAAGGCGUUUUCCAAAGAAAACAUGCAGAAGACACGGCUGAAUUUUGACAAGAAAGUGAACAGAAUUAGAACUAGAAUAGUGACCCCGGAGAGGAGAGAGAGGCUAAGGCAGUCAGGAGAGAGGCUGAGACAGUCAGGGGAGAGGCUGAGACAGUCAGGGGAGAGGUUUAAGAAAUCUAUUUCUAAUGCAGCUCCCUCCAAGGAAGCUUUUAAGAUGCGUAGCCUCAGGAAAGGUAAGGACCGAACAGUGGCAGAAGGUGAGGAAUGUGCCAGGGAGAUGGGCGUGGACAUCAUUGCCAGGAGCGAAUCCAUGGGUCCCAUCGGUGAGCUCUACUCUGAUGAGCUCAGUGAACCAGAACAUGAGGCAGCCAGGCCGGUGUAUCCUGCCCAUGAAGGAAGGGAAAUCCCCACCCCUGAGCCUUUAAAAGUUACUUUUAAACCUCAGGUGAAAGUAGAGGAUGAUGAAUCUCUUUUGUUAGAUUUAAAGCAGUCAUCAUAAAGAGGACUUAAGUAUAAUCCUAAAUAUGAAUAUCCUAAUCAUGCAGUUUUAGUUUGAAUAGUGUGUAGUCAUCUAUAUUUCUGUGCCAUGUAGGAAAACAUAAAUGGUUUUUUUCCUUAUAUUUAAAAUCUUGAGAGUAGUAUAAAUAUUAUAUCCAUUUCCUUGUAACUUCCUUGGGAAUUCUUCCCCCCCACCGCACCGCCCCCCACCGCCCCACCCCAAGGUUAUGUGAUUCCUGCAGCCUUUUCUCUUAGGUCACUCUUUGUUAUGGCAGCUGUGGAUUUUUUAGUUCUUUUCUGUUGUCCACCAGAAAAAGUUUCCUAGGGCGGGCCAGUUACAUGUUUGGUAAGGGCAACUUUGUGGCCAUCAUUUGCAAGUGAACUCUAAAUACUGGUUAGGAUUAAUAUUGUGGCCAGCCUCAAAGGGGAAUAACUUACAUGUGGGUUAUAUCAUCCAAAUGUUCAGAUCAACAGAUUUGUUAGUAAAUUAGCAGUCACACCUUUUUUUGAUGCUUUCACAUUAAAUAAUUGAAGUUCUGGACUUGAA